GCGGGCAUGUCCUAGGGCCACUGUUAUGAACCUUCCUUGAGAGAUGGGUGUGAAGCUGUUUUCAUCCGAGGAGAGAUCUACGUCGCCGAUGAGGUUCCUGUUGAGGAGAGUAGAGAAUCCACGGUUUCAGGAGUCCCAGAGCAAAGAGACUCUAAGAGAUGACGUCAGCAGGGAAGGUUUGACUUUGACUUGGAGGGAUCUCUCGGUCUAUGCCAAGGUACGGACGGAGAAAUGGUUCAAUUCUGCGUCUACUGAGUACAAGAGGAUCAUCAACAAUGUUUCAGGCGCAGUUCGACCAGGGACAUUAGUGGCUUUGAUGGGAGCUAGUGGAGCUGGGAAAAGCACCCUCAUGUCAGCAUUGGCCUAUCAAACAACAGCUGCUAUGGUGGUGGACGGAGAUAUUCGAGUGAAUGGUCGCCCUCUUGGACCAUUCAUGCGGAAAGUGUCCGGUUACAUGGACCAAGAUGAUAUCUUCAUCAAUACCCUCACAGUCACAGAAUACCUUCGAUUCAUGGCACGGUUAAAGCUCGACAGACGAAUAAGCAGCCGAAGGAGAGAAAUGACAAUCUCCCAGUUGCUGACGUCACUGGGACUCGCUCAUUGCGGAGAUGUGCGGAUUGGUGCAGCUGAUGAAGAGUCUGUAUUAUCUGGAGGAGAACGUAAGCGACUCUCGUUCGCAGCAGCUUGUCUGACGGAUCCUCCCCUGCUGUUCUGUGAUGAGCCAACCACUGGUCUGGACUCCUUCAGCGCCGCCACCAUCGUCCAAGCCCUACAGACGUUCGCAGCCGCCGGCAAGACUGUCGUCUGCACUAUACACCAGCCCAGCUCUGAACUGUUCACUAUGUUCCACCAAAUACUACUGGUGGCGGACGGGAGGAUAGCCUACCUAGGACCCAGUCACACUGCUCUAGACUUCUUUCAAAGUAUAGGUUACGUCUGCCCCGAAGACUUCAACCCCGCGGACUACCUCAUCCAGACCCUGGCUCUCACCCCGGGAUCAGAGUCCUCUAGCAGGCGAUCCAUCAAACACAUCUGUGACCAGUUCGCCGUCAGCGACUACGCCAGGGAGCUGGAACUGCAGAUCAACUUCCAGCAUCAGAUGGGCCACGCUUUUGACGAUGUCUUGGAUUCGCGCUUGAAAUCAUCCAAGCAGCCGCGGUGGAUCAGCAAACUUUGGUGGCUGACGAACUGUGCUCUGCUGGAAAUCCUUCGAGACCCAAAAGUUCAACAAAUUAGACUCUUGCACAAAAUUGCCAUCGCAUUGAUGGUAGGCCUUUGCUUCGUCGGUAGUCUCCAUCUCACCCAGACUGGUAUACAGGCUACCCAGGGCGCUCUCUUCAUGUUGGUCACGGAGAACACCUUUGGUCCGAUGUACGCAGUACUACCACUCUUCCCAGCAGAACUACCCCUGGUGAUGAGGCACUAUCGCGCCGGACUGUACGGACCUCUGGCUUACUACCUCGCCAAGAUUGUGGCAAUUAUCCCAGGUCUGGUGGUUGAGCCGGUGGUAUUCACAGGGAUCCUGUACUGGUUGGCUGGACUGCAGAAUACAGUUUAUGCCUUCAUAAUGACGUCAAUCAUAGUCACCCUCUGUAUCAACGUAUCCACGGCUUGUGGUUGUUUUUUCUCUGCCACAUUCGAGUCUGUUGCUAUGGCGAUGACCUAUCUGGUGCCGUUCGACUACGCGAUCAUGAUCACUUCUGGCAACUUCAUUAAACUCGAUACUCUAAGUCCACAACUCAGCUGGGUCCAAUACUUGUCCUGGAUGAUGUACUCAAACGAGGCUAUGACAAUUAUUCAAUGGCAGGACAUACAGAAUAUCACUUGUGAAGAGGAUCUGCCCUGUCUACACUCUGGUACGGAGGUCCUGGAACGCUACAGUUUCUCCGCUGACAAUUUCUGGAGAGAUAUCUACGCUCUCGUCGCUCUCUUCGCCGCCUUCCACGUCCUCGCAUACUUUGCUCUAUGUCGCACUAUUAAACGCAACUCGUAA